CGAAGCUAACUGAUGACAUUCGGAACAUGUGCGUUCGAAAUAUCAGAUUCAAAGGCUUACCCUUGUGCGACCACUUGUAAUACUCAAAAUCGAGAAAACAUAAACUCGUUGUCAACUACAUAAAAAAAAACCCGCAAAAUACAGGAGUGUUUCGAGUUUUACAUCGGUACUUCAAUUAAGUAUUGAUUCAGACCCUGAGCAUCCUACAUAGUGGCUUUUGAUUUGAACGAUGUAUCGAGCACACCGUGUUUUGCUGAAGCCUGAUAAUCUGGAUUCGAAGAACAAUUUUCAACAAAAAAAGAGCUUAUAGUACACAUGCAUAGUCUCUAGUCUUUUCCAAGGUUAUGGUAACAUCGCUCCGAGCACGGCCGGUGGUCGGCUUUUAACCAUAGUCUACGCUUCGAUUGGUAUUCCAUUACUGCUCACCGUACUUGCAGACCUAGGCAAACUUUUCACGCGGCUGAUGAAGUUGGCGUUCCGAUUUAUUCAACGAUGUGUAGAAACCGAUGAAGUACGAUACAUACGGCAGAAAAGCCAAGCUGCCACCAAAACGCCAAGACAGGUUUAUUUUGGGUGUGUGCGUGUGGUGCGUAUUUUUUUGGCGGCGUCAGCUCGCAUCCCGGGGUUCUAGCCCGGUUUCCAUUCAGCGACGCCUCCGCGCACGCGGCGCUAACCCGCUUAGCGUCAUGAACAACCGGCAUCCGCAUGAGAGCCGAGCAUUUAUCACCUCUGCGCUGGACUUCACCAAUAUGUCGACAAUUCAGCCGCAUUCGCAGAUAUCGCGCAACAUGACGCCGCAGCAAAUUGCUCGCACGAUGACACAACACAUGGCUAGGAAUAUGCACAGUCUGCCAGAUAUGACGCAGGUUGUUCGAAAUCUUACCGGUCAACAGACGUCCAGCGCGGUGGUCAGCUCGAGCUCUGAUCAGCUCAAACAUCCAACCCAGCUUCAUCAUCAGCAGCCAGUUAGUUACCAAAUUCAUCAGACUGCACAGCAGCCAAUAGUCAGCCAACAGGUUCUUCAACAAAUGACUAGUGGUGGUGGCCAUAUUCAGUCUAUUCAACAACAACAACAGCAGCAGCAACAACAUCAGCAGCAACAGCAAAAUCAUGUACAACAACAACAGCAAGCACAGCAGCAACAACAACAAGCUCAACAGAAUAACCAAACACAUCAACAGCAGGAAAGACCAGAGUUGACAACCCUGCAGCCUGCGCGGGCUUCAGACCUCAUCACCCUGCAGCCGGCAAAUGCGCUCAGCGCUCACCAACAACAGCAGCAGGCACAGCAACAACAAGCACAACAACAGCAGCAGCAACAUCAACAGGCUCAAGGACAGACGGCAACUGCUGUACAGCACGCUGUCAAACUUGAACUCGAGAACAGUCACGGAGGAAAUUCCUACACUCGGUUUGACCCGGUAGCAUGCGGUCUUGACUCUAGUUUUCGGUUAUCGAACUUCGCCGAACCCCGGCAGGAAAGCAAGUUGGGUCAAGAGGCGCUUGGCGCACUUAUGCUAAACCUAGACAUGCAAAAUCUCUCAACAUCGUACAUGCAUCUUGGUGUACCUCGAAUCGGAUCCGGGAUGGAAGUAACGAUUUCACCGACGCGUAAUCCUGAUAGCGUACUUGUUCAAUCACUGGCCCGUAACGUUGGUACCAUGGACGACCCAUACGUUAUGGGCAAGGUGGCAUGUACGGCAGUACUGUCGCAUCUGUAUAAGUACGGCAUUGUUGAGGUCGAUACGCUUAGCUUAAUGUUAAACAUAAGCAACAAAAUGACGGAGAAGGAACAAGAAGUUAUAAUCAACUAUAUUACAAAAGGCUUCAAGGAUCAAGCGUAUCUAGCAGGUGUGAACGUUAACGGCUGUCAAGCGACACUCAACCCGUGGAUGACAUGUGGCGGAUUGGCUGCUACUGUUUGUUAUAACGAGGAGAUCCUCGUUCCGGAUAAUGCCGUUGCUGGCGACGUACUUGUGCUUACGAAGCCCCUAGGCAGCAGUGUGGCCACCUCGGUCUACCAGUGGAUGGAGAUACCCGACCGUUGGAAUCGUAUAAAGUAUUACCUAAACGAGGCUGAUGUCCGAAAAGCGUUUGCCCGCGCUAACGAUCUCAUGGUGCGGCUAAACAAAACAGCCGCAAAAUUGAUGAUGAAGUAUGGUGCACACGCUUGCACCGACCUCAGCGAAGUGGGCAUUUUGAAGGCUGCUCAAGAGCUGGCUGCUGUACAGAAAAACGAUGUAGCGUUUGCUAUUCACAACCUACCCGUGAUCGCGAAGCUACCGCUGAUUGCCAAGAAUCUGGCUGCUGAGUUUCCCAUUUCGCAGGGCACAUGCCCCGAGCAAAGUGGAGGGCUGCUGAUUGCGCUGCCGCGGGAAAAAGCCGCCACCUUUUGCAGGGAGAUAGAAAAACAGGAACACUAUCCAGCAUGGAUUAUUGGCAUCGUUGAAAAAGGCCAGCGUACCGCCAAGGUCAUCGACAAGCCACGCCUCAUUGAAGUGCCCCAAAAGGACAACCCCGAUGCUCUUUGGUGAUUUGAUUCAGCCAACCUUAUGCACACACAGGCACCCGAAGCGGAACAGAGAGAAGCCGCUUCAGCGACACGGUUUUUACACACACUGUGACACACACACCCACAUUGUAAACCAAAAAAACCAUGGGUGUGUAUAGAAAUACAUCACCAUAACACACUAUUGCAUCCCUGUAUGUGGCUAGGGUCAUUAACAGCAUCAAAACGAAACACGAGGUUUAGGGAGAACUUGUAAAUGAGGAGGGCCUGUAGGCCCCGUGGCGGCUUGCAUUGAUUAUUGACAGUGCCUUGCUGCAGAAUGCCAACCCUGUCCUGUUUCUCGUAAGGGCUUACGCACUUACUGUUGUUAGCUUCAAAGUCGACUCUAGGACUAUUGAAACUGUUCGAAAAGAUUCAGUUUCCGUUGGAGAAGUUUGUUUCGUUGACAUUCUGUGUGGCACAUUUCUCUGAACAUUAUGGAGCACAACAGGAAACGGCUGCAUCGGCUUUGUAACGGCGACGUCUUGUAUAGCAAUUAGUUUUCCUUAUUCAGUAUGUAUUUUAUGAAAUUUGCCUUUUGCUCGUCCGACGCACCCUUAAUGCGCAUUCGCCAUUCUUGACUUACCAUUCGUAGUAACGCCUUUAUGAUUUGUUUAAUUCAGAAAACCGCAGCAACGUGAGUUAAGCCAAAUAUAUGUACAUUAACUAAAACAAGUUAACGAGGUUUAAAGAACAACCCGAAUGCGCAGCACAAUAAUUUAUAUAUAUCGAAACUCAACCCCCGUUCAUUUUAUUGCUACCUGCUAAACCAAUAUUAAUACCGCUGGAAUUAAUACCCCAUUUCACCUAAAACACAGGACAUCGUAACUAUACAGAGUUUUAUGUGCGUGAAAAGACAUUUAGUGUAAGCAAGGAAAAAUGUUCUAGUUUUCAAAAAUAUUAGUUACGUGCUACAAGUACCCUAAGGUCUAAAUCCUACAAUGAAUCUAGAAUUUUGUAGCGCAUAUUCAUUUAAAAUAUUGAUUUUAGCUGAAAUUUCAAGGUAUUUGAUUUUAGUGCAUUUUUCUGUAUUUUUCCGUGGUUACGAUAUAAUACCUAUUUCGUUGUACUUGAAUUAAGCUAGUAAGUUAUCGUAAAAUAACUACUUUAUCUUUAUAGUGGCAAUAAAUAGCUUGACUGAUCAUAUUAUCAUAUCGUAAAAUAUUUAGUUUAUAUAACACGUGAAUACCUUUAAGAAGUGAAAUGCUCAUUUCAGUGUCAUAUGCUUUUGUAGAAGUGGCACAUAGUCUGUCACUGAGAAGCUGUUUGUAAAAUCUACAAAAGCGUUAUUAGUAGCGUAUAUGAACUAUGAACAACAAUAGAGACUGCAUUGGAUUAGUGAGUAGUCGUUAACGGUUUAUUUUGCGUACGUUACGGCGCAUAAUUCAAAUAUAAAGUUGGCCUGCUUUGAAGUUGAGUGACUCGUAUGUCUUAUAUAAAUGUUUUGAGUUCUACGUCAGAUUUUAGCGUUAAGCAUUAGUUUAAGUGGCGCUAUCACAAAGACCGACUAGUAUGUCUGGUAUGGAAAGCGUUCAAGCAAAAGUAGCUGGAAAAGGUUAUAUCAUGAAUUUUAACGGGAGAGUUAAGUAACUUCUAUAUAAGGUGUGCCCUAGUGAAAGGAUCUACGGCGGAUGAGUUUCUGCUCCAAAUAUAUUUCUUAAUAUUACCGUCUAUUUAUAUGAAAAGAUGAAUAAAUAUAGUCCACCGUAUACAUUGGAUGUAUGCGAAUGGAGAAAAUCGCAGACAAGUGAAAGUCUCUAUACAUCUAUAAAAAACAUAUAAACAUUUCAGACCAUUCGGUAUUGUGGAGAAACAUUAUGUAUCGCGGUCGGUUGGUCUAUUAUCGGCGAGAUGCUGGGUAACGCUAAGAAACUUUGAAAAGA